GUUACAGAGCAAUACUGAAAAGUUCAACUCCGCCUAUCAUACCGGUAUUUAGCACUGUCUACCUUCAUCACACAAGCCACACUGGCCUUCAAACAACUAUAUUCCCUAUGGCAGCCCUAUCCAGCGGUCUCCCGCUGUACACUCCCGACACACAAAUCCUCGAAUCUGCAAACGUUGAGAAACCCGCAAACCUCUGGACCCACCGAGACCUCGAUGAAGUGGCUUUCAAAGAGCUAUAUGAGAUUGACCGGACGGUGGAGGGGAUUAUAGCUCGUGGGUAUACAAGAGUUGCAUUACAGUUCCCGGAUGAGCUCUUGGGGGAUAGUACGAGGGUUUAUGAGCUCGUUUUGGAGGGUAUAAGCAUGGAGAAUGGGCAAGAGCCUCGGACAGGAACUACAGAGAACGGGGAUAGGCCGGGGAGCGGAGGAGCAAAGUUCAAAGGGGAAGGAAAUUGCGCUACAGAUUCACUAACGAAACCAAUACACAAUGAGGAAACAGCAACGCCCGAAGCACCAGCCUUCAUCCUGGCCGACACCUCGUACUCCGCCUGCUGCAUCGAUGAAAUCGCCGCAGAACACUGUGGCGCCGAUGUCCUUGUGCACUACGGCCGUUCUUGCCUCUCACCCACCACCCGUCUGCCGGUAAUCUACGUCUUCACCUCAAACCCUCUCGACCUGACCUAUGCCGCCAGCACUUUCUGCACUACAUUCUCGGACAAAUCACAAAAGGUGAUCAUAAUGGCGGAUGUUACAUAUUCUUCUCAUGUCGCGCCUUUACACAAGAUUCUGCAGGGAAUGGGGUACGCCAAUGUUUAUCCAACAGAAGUGAUACACGACCCAUCAGCUCAAAUCCCCAACAGGAGUUUUCCCCCAGACUUCUCAUCAUACUCCUUAUUUCACAUCUCCCCCCCACUUCCCUCCCUCCUCCUAGUCCUAAACUCCCGUGUCCACUCAAUCCACACAUAUGACACAACCACCACUCCACCAACCUGCAACCGGGAAACCACCUCCGUCCUCCUCCGCCGGCGAUACGCCCUCCUCUCCCAUGCCCGCAGCGCAAAUGUAAUAGGAAUUCUAGUCAACACCCUAAACGUAAAGAACUACCUCCCAGUGAUAUCAAUGCUGAAACGGCAGAUCCGGGACUCCGGAAGGAAGAGCUACUUAGUUGUCGUUGGUAAGAUCAGCGUCGAGAAGCUGGCGAAUUUCGCCGAAGUAGAGGUUUGGGUAGGUGUAGGCUGCUGGGAGCAGGGGAUUGUGGGGGGGGGUGCAGAAGGGAGCGGAAAGGGGUUUUUCAGGGGUGUGGUGACCCCGUUUGAGAUCGGAAUUGCACUUAGCGGGAAGGACGGGUGGGAAUGGACGGGUCUCUGGGUGUCUGAUUUCGAAAGUUUGCUUAAGAUGGAUGGGGAUGCGAAGCUUGCGGCUGCUGCCAGCGGCAAAGAGGCAGCCGGUGGUGAAGAUGGUGGGGAGAAGGAAGCAGACGACGAGGAAGACGAACCCCCAGAAUUCGACCUACGCACCGGCCGAUACGUAACCAAACCCCGCCACAUACCCCGAAAACCUCACUCCAUAAAGCACUCUCAAGAUCCCUCCACCCCCUCAUCUGCAUUAAUACACACCUCGAAUUCGUCAAAACAAUUAAGCGGUGCCGUUGGAGGGGUAGUUUCUCCGGCUGCGCAGUUCUUGAAAGAUAAGCGCUCAUGGAGAGGCCUAGACAGUGAUAUCCUUAUUAAGUAUGAGGAGGAUGAGAAUGGGAAUGAUGGAUUCGGAGCUGCAGUAGAGGCUGGUAGGAGUGGGGUUGCGAGAGGGUAUACUGUUGACGGGGAGGGGGAGAGACGGUGACAUUCUGUAGGUAGGUGGUGGGUCGGAUGUAUGUGUGGGGCCUUCGAUGUCAAUUGGGAUUGGAGAAUCGGGCGUUGA